CGUAGCGGUGACGACUGUGGCGGAGAAGGCCCAGAGGAGCUCUGCGUUCUGGAGUGGUGCUGCUAAGGCCGGUGGCAGGUUGCGGACUACUGGGUGACCAGCUGAGAAGAACCAGCGACUGUGUUCGGCCUUUUCCUCAUCAGGAUCCCCCGCCACGAUGAGUGCCGCCAGAGAAUCUCACCCGCAUGGGGUGAAGCGUUCAGCCUCCCCGGACGACGAUCUUGGAUCUAGCAAUUGGGAGGCAGCAGACCUGGGUAAUGAAGAAAGAAAACAAAAGUUCUUGAGACUUAUGGGUGCAGGAAAGAAAGAACACACUGGUCGUCUUGUUAUAGGUGAUCACAAAUCAACAUCUCACUUCCGAACAGGGGAAGAAGACAAGAAAAUUAAUGAAGAACUGGAGUCUCAGUAUCAGCAAAGUAUGGACAGUAAAUUAUCAGGAAGAUACCGACGACAUUGUGGUCUUGGCUUCAGUGAGGUAGAAGAUCAUGAUGGAGAAGGUGAUGUGGCUGGAGAUGAUGAUGAUGAUGAUGAUGAUUCACCUGAUCCUGAAAGUCCUGAUGACUCAGAUAGUGAUUCAGAGUCAGAGAAAGAAGAAUCUGCUGAAGAACUUCAAGCUGCUGAACACCCCAAUGAAGUGGAAGAUCCGAAAAACAAGAAAGAUGCAAAAAGCAAUUACAAAAUGAUGUUUGUUAAAUCUAGUGGUUCAUAACUCCAAAAUACUUAAGUCUUUGUAUUAAAAGUAAGCCUUAUUGUUAUAAUGCACAGUGGAGGACUGCUUAUAGAGCACAGACCUUUGUAUUAUAAUUUUUAAAAAGGCCCUUUUAAAUAAUUACAAAGAGUGUUUGCUUUCAAAUGUCAUGGGUUACACUUUUAUGAGCAUGACUAUAACCAUUUUUGUAAAGGGUAAGAGUUGUAUAAAAUUAAAUAAAUACAGUACUCAACUUCUUUUCAUAUUAGCAUCAUCACCCCUCUAAUCUCACCUUUUUUACCCCUUCAGAUGCAGUAUUGGGUACUGGGGGAGAGAAUUUUGUUUGGUAGCUAUUUCACCUUUUGUUUGUUUGUUCCUUCUUAUUUUUCUCAUAAAAUUUGAUACUGUGACGUUUAUGAAAAAUACUCCCUUAAUUUGUUAAAGUAGAACUGUUCCUUAUGAAUAUUUCUGCUGCUGAUCACAGUCUGUAAAUUAUUAUUGGCAAAAUAUUACAUACUUAGUUUUACUGAUUCAGCUCUUCUCUUUUGGACCAAAGCAACAUGGGAGCAUGAACAUUAACACCUGUUAGGAUGGAAUCACAACUGUCAAUGUCAGGAACCCCCAAAACAUCUUUAUAUGCUUUGGAUUACAUUGUAUGUUAGAUUUUUGAUAAAAUUUGACCGGUUUUUACAGAAGAAAUUAUUUCUGUGAUCAUUUAGUCCUGACUAUAGAAAUAUGUAAAACUGGAUUUUUUUUAAAGGUAAUAUGUGACCAAAGUUCCUUUCUUUCUCCUUACAAGGUCUAAAUAAAGAGAAAGCAGUUUCCCAUA